UCAGCACUGAAGAAGACAGGUUGGGUAGCCUCACACGCUAAGCGAAUCGACCUUUGUUUUGUUUACCUUGGUAUUUCUGCGAUCGUACCACUGUCACUUCUCUCUCAACAAAAUCUUGCCUUAGAACCAGCCACAUUAAAAUGAAGGUGUCUUGGAUAUUCAUUGCUGCUCUUGUUUCUCACCUUGCUGUGAGGUGUACGUCAGCACAGUCACCCAGUCAAAGAGAAGAUGCCAUGGGAAAGUAUUUUGUAAUGAGCAGGUAUCAGUGUCAGCUACUUUGCUGGUACCGGAAGCUGUGCAAGACCUACUCUUACAUGUACGACAGCGUGCAAGCCCUUGAUGGUAAUUGUGUUCUGCACGCUGCCAAUAUCACCACAACUACAACCAACAUGGUGCCCACAGGUUGGAUUGAACGAGAAGCGACAUCCAACCCCACAACCCAAAGUACAACUUGUCGUAGCCGCCCUUGCGAAGACACGGAGAUGUGUUUUCCCACCUACACGUCACCUUUCUACACCUGCCAUCCGGUUUUUGCAGAAUGCCAAGCUCCACCACAAACGGACGGCGUCUACAGCAAUGUGACACUACUCCAGGGUCAAAGGACAAACUUCACGUGCAACUCGUCUCUACUGUGGGCUCCACGUCACGCCGACAAGACGGUCACGUGUCAAGUCACCGGCAGGUACAGCGAGCUGAAAGGGACGUGUAAAAACGCUAUCUACUACUCACCGAGUGUUCCAUUCAACAAGCCGCUGCCAGAUGUGGUCAUGAGAGGAUGGGAGGCCUGCUUCAAGGGCAUUUUUAUUGGCAGUGAAAGAAUGAGCUUCAGUUUUCACGACAGCAGGAUGCUUCGUGUGAUACCAAUCCUGCUAAAGUUGCAACAUUUACCUUCAGCUUUGAUUUCCGAAACAUUUUCAAAUGUCAAGACAAACAGUAUAUUACUACACCGGUCUAGAUAA